AUGUUAAAUAUAUUUAAGAAUGUCUUCUCUAAAAAAUAGAAACAAGAUUCUCAAAUUAUUUAAUUUGAACAAUUUGAUCAAAACUAAUUAGAAGAACAUUAAAUUGAAAAUGAUUUUCCUCAUGAUUUUCAAAUUAUUGAUGAACAAGCUAUGAAAAUUAUUGAAUAAGAAUAUGAUAUUAAAUAGUAAGUUCAACCAGAAUACUAAGAAGACCAAUAAUUUAAAGAAGAUCUUAUGGAUUAUGAAGUUUAAGUAGACGAUUCAUUAUAUGGAAUGGCAAUCAAAUUUAGUGUUUGUGAAGAUUACCUUAUGAAAAUCAAUAAUUUGUCAAGUGAUUUAAUAUUCCAAGGUUAAAUAAUAAAAGUACCUAAGAAAAAUGAGUAGACAUUCUCUGUUGUUCACAUUCAAGAAUAAAAAUAAUAAAUAGAAUAUUUAUGGAUACCUGAUGCUAAUUCUUAAAGAUGUAAUUGUUAAUCAUAAUUAUUAUUAGUUGAUGUUAUAUAUUGUAACAAUAUAUAAAAUGUUUAAGGAUAAUUAACUCUAAGUUCAGAUUUANUAAUUAAGUAGAGUUAUUAUUCAUACUCUAUUUUAACUUAUAAGAAACAUAAUAAAUAUAUAAAUUUCGUUUGUUUAAUUUUAGAACGAGCUCAGCUUCCGGAAUAGGAGCCUUGCCCGCAACCUAUUAAAUAGGUUUAAACUUGGAUAGGUUUUGUUUCAAUUUGA